UGCCGCCAUGUUGCUUUGGGGCGGAAGUAGUAGAGCCCGGGCUCUGCCCUCUUAGAGGGGCAGGGUCUGCUUUAACCUCUCUACGUCCUUAGUAACAAGGCACGGUGAAGCGGCGGAGGCGCCAGUUAGUAGCUGCUGCUUGAGCGUUGCUUCCCUGAGGAGAAGUCAUCACUGUCCCAUGGCUCUAGGAGGCAUAUUCAGGAAUACGGUAGCCAUCUGUUUGCACCUGGUGGGGCCCCUCCAGAGAAAGAAGGUUGGAACUUCAGUCACCCGCUACUUGCACCACACUCUCACCAUGGCCAAACGGGUGCAGGCUCGAAGGCUGGACGGGAUCAACCAAAACCCAUGGGUGGAGUUUAUUGAACUGGCCAGUAAGAAUGAUGUCGUGAACUUGGGACAAGGCUUCCCCAACUACCCGCCCCCAGACUUCGUCGUGGAAGCCUUUCAGCACGCCAUCAGCGGAGACUUCAUGCUCUACCAGUACACCAAGGCAUUUGGUUACCCACCAUUGACAGAGAUCCUGGCAAGUUUCUUUGGGAAGCUGCUGGGACAGGAGAUAGACCCGCUCAAGAACGUGCUGGUGACUGUGGGUGCCUACGGAGCCCUGUUCACAGCCUUCCAGGCCCUGGUUGAUGAAGGAGACGAGGUCAUCAUCAUUGAGCCCUUUUUUGACUGUUAUGAGGCCAUGACGUUGAUGGCGGGGGGUCGUCCUGUGUUUGUGUCCCUGAAGCCGACCCCUACCCAGGAUGGGGAACUAGAUUCCAGCAGCAACUGGCAGCUGGACCCCAAGGAGCUGUCGAGCAAGUUCACAUCUCGAACCAAAGCCCUAAUCCUCAACACACCCAACAACCCCCUGGGAAAGGUGUUCUCCAAGGCAGAACUGGAGCUGCUGGCCAGCCUGUGCCAGCAGCAUGACGUGGUGUGCAUCGCUGAUGAGGUCUACCAGUGGCUGGUCUACGAUAGGCACCAACACGUCAGCAUUGCCAGCCUCCCUGGCAUGUGGGAACGCACCCUGACCAUUGGCAGUGCUGGCAAGACCUUUAGCGUCACUGGCUGGAAGGUGGGCUGGGUCCUAGGCCCGGACAGGCUCAUGAGGCACCUGCACACCGUGCAAGAGAACUCCAUCUUUCACUGUCCCACGCAGGCCCAGGCCGCAGUAGCCUGGUGCUUUCAGCGGGAGCAGCUGCUUUUCGGCCAGCCCAGCAGCUACUUCGUGCAGUUACCACAGGCUGUACAGCGCAACCGUGACCACAUGAUCCAAAGCCUACAGUCCAUGGGCCUGAAGCCCAUAGUCCCCCAGGGCAGCUACUUCCUCAUCACAGACAUCUCACACUUCAAGAGCAAGAUGCCUGACUUGCCUGGGGCUGUGGACGAGCCCUAUGACAGACGCUUCAUCAAGUGGAUGAUCAGGAAUAAGGGCUUGGUGGCCAUCCCGGUCUCCUUCUUCUGUAGCGUGCCACAUCAGAAGCACUUUGACCACUAUAUCCGCUUUUGUUUUGCAAAGGAUGAAUCCACACUCCAGGCCAUGGACAAGAAGCUGCAGGAGUGGAAGGAUGAACUUGAGGCCUGAUGUCGUCCCCUCGGCCUUGCCUCACCUGGGUGAUCCCUGCACAGUUCUCUCUUUGUCCAGAACUUUUUUGGAGAUGAGGGAGGCCUGACCUGGGCUCCUCUGGGCUCCCCAGACUUGGCUGGGACUCAGCAGGCAGAGUCUGACAGUGUACUGGCCUCGAGUCCCAGUCCUGACCCCAGCCAAGGCUCAGGCAUCCCUCCCUUUCCUUCUCUAAACUUGACCUAGGAAAGUUGCCCUAAGGUUUGAGUCCUCAAGUCAGUACUUUUUGCCCACAAUAAAUUUUAAGUCAUUUGAACACUUA